AUGAAGGCCCGAAAGAGGAACUCAUUUAUUAUCACUGAUAUUGUGGACACAAGUAAUGAUAAUCUGAAGAGUAAUGAUGUGAAGAAAGAAAAGAGUAAAUCGAAGAAACGUCUGAAGAAAUCUGUGGCCAUCAGUGAAAGGGAUAAUAAUUCUUCGACAGACCAUAGAGUGGACACAAACGAUGAGAUGACAGUCAGCGACCAAAAGGACGUCAAACAUAAAGACAUGUCAACGAAGAACUCAUUCAAAACCAAUCGAUUCCGAGACAAAUGUCUUAAGAAUCGGAUGGAAAGAGGAAUGAUUUUAUUGUCUCCGAAGGCGGAGAAGAAGAUCUAUAACAUGAAGAAGGGUUUGAGGAAAAAGGGUUUCGAAGAAUCGGAAAUCAAAGAAUUGGUCCGUAAGAGGAGACGCGAAGAAGAGAUCCAAUACAUGAAGAUUUGUAGCAAAAAAUGCUUUAAAUGUCGACAAAUUGGUCACAAAUUAGCCGAAUGUCCGCUCAAUGGGAACGACUGCGAAGAAGGAGUGGACGUCUGUUACCGAUGCGGCUCUUCUGAACAUAAACUGUCAGAAUGUCAUCAGAAGAGCAAUGUGCUUCAUGUGCUCAGAGGUCGGAGUGUAGUGGGCACUGACAGGAGCGUUAUGUGCGCCUCAGAUAGGUUUUCCGCCGAGAACAUUCCGGACGACGAAGAAUUGGAGAAAGAGCUCACUUUACCCACAGUUGGAGCCAAUCAUAGCAUAGAUGCGGAAGUGAUGGACACGAAGCCAAUGAUUGUGAAGACGGGAACAAUCAAAAGAAUAAAUUUUGUGCUUUCGGUAUAUAAUCUGUAUAUUUCUCAAAACAAACACAUCACCCGUGACUGUCCUCGCAAUACACGCGGAGUCUAUCCAAAAGGCGGCUCUUGUAAGGCCUGCCAUUCAGUCAAUCAUCUUAUCAAAGAUUGUCCACAAAAUCAAAAAGACGAAGAAUUAGAGAAAGAACUCACUUUACCCACAGUUGGAGCCAAUCAUAGCAUAGAUGCGGAAGUGAUGGACACGAAGCCAAUGAUUGUGAAGACGGAAACAAUCAAAAGAAUAACGACGGCAUUUGUGCGGAGUUGGGGUCGAACUGACAAACCGGUUGCCAAUUGUGUCCACUAUUACAACAGUCGGCGUCAAAGAGGGCACAACAGACACAAUCGACUGGCUUUUGAUUGUCGACUAAAUAACCGCAACAAUCGUUGGGAUGAGAGUCGACUUCCGUUUGUUUCUCGUUGUCAAACAUUGUGUUCGGAAGGCUAUACCGAUUCGGCGAUUCUUCCGGUGAUCUCUGUUUCACUAAUCGGAUGGGAUCUCCUGUUUAGGUAUCGAUACAUCGCCAAAAGUCCCGCUAAUAAUAGGAUGACUGAUAUGACAACUGUGAACAGCACUGGAAUCACUUCAUUGUCUUCAUUACCACUUUUAUUGUCGAAGUGUUCGACCGCUAUCUGGACCGGAGAGUGA